AUGCCUGGCCGCCCUAUAGUAGUUUCUGGACCUUCAGGGACUGGGAAAUCAACUUUGUUGAAGCGUCUUUUUGCAGAGUAUCCAGGAAAAUUCGGAUUCUCCGUCUCCAAUACAACUAGAAAGCCAAGACCUGGAGAAAAAGACGGUGUCGAUUACAACUUUGUUAGCGUCGAUCAAUUUAAGCAGUUGGUAGCUGAUGGUGCAUUCAUCGAAUGGGCACAGUUUUCAGGCAAUUACUAUGGAACCACUAUAGCAGCAGUGAAAAAGGUUUCGGAAGGCUUGAAGAGAACAUGCGUUUUGGAUAUCGAUAUGCAAGGUGUCAAAUCUGUCAAAAAGACAGAUUUGAAUGCCAGGUUUGUUUUCGUGGCGCCUCCUUCUUUGGAAGAGUUGAAAAAAAGAUUGGAAGGCAGAGGUACGGAAACUGCUGAAAGCUUGUCAAAGAGAUUGAGCGCAGCCGAGGCAGAGUUGGAGUUCGCCAAAACUGGUGCUCAUGAUAAAGUCAUUGUGAAUGAUAACCUCGAAAGUGCUUACAAAGAACUCAAUGAGUUCAUCUUUGCAUAA